UUUAUAUGUUUGCAUUCAACUCAAUCUUUACAGCAAUGACUCCGAUACCCUCUCCUCUUCUUUUUUCCUCCCACCAUCUUCCCUUAUCAACUUAAAGAACUCAUAAAGCUCCUCUCAUAUCUUCAUCAUAACCUAGAUACAAAUCUUGAAUUAUCAGAUCUUGAUAUCAUGGAUCCUAUCCUCGGCUUUAUGGGCGCAACAAACAUAUCACAUAACACAAACCUCAUGAUCGCCGCCGCAGCUGCAGCCACCACCACGACCACCUCCUCAUCUUCCUCCUCUUCCUCCGGUGGCUCCGGGACUAACCAGCUGAGCAGGUACGAGAAUCAGAAGAGAAGAGAUUGGAACACUUUUGGACAGUACCUACGCAACCACCGUCCACCACUUUCUCUCUCUCGUUGCAGUGGUGCUCAUGUUCUUGAAUUCCUCAGGUACCUCGACCAAUUCGGCAAGACCAAGGUUCACACAAACCUAUGUCCGUUCUUUGGACACCCAAACCCACCAGCACCAUGUGCCUGUCCACUCCGACAAGCCUGGGGUAGUCUUGACGCACUCAUUGGUCGUCUUAGAGCUGCUUUCGAAGAGAACGGUGGUUCACCAGAGACGAACCCUUUUGGUGCACGAGCCGUUCGACUCUACCUAAGGGAAGUGCGUGACUCGCAGGCUAAAGCACGUGGGAUCAGCUAUGAAAAGAAGAAGCGGAAGCGACCUCCUCCACCACUACCACCGCCUCAGCCGGUGAUUUCUACUAGCCCUAAUUAGUACGUAGUACUAAGUCAUGAGUAAGAUGUUUCAAUGAAGUACGUUUGUUUUACAACUUUUAUAGUAUUUUGUCAAUGACGAACAUGCACAAGUUGUUUUAAAGCCACAUGCCCUUUUCUUUUCCUAAUCCUUUAUUUGGCAAGCUAAAGAUUUUGUUUAUUUUUCUUGUGUUAAAUAAAUUUGUAAUCCUUUUGCUUUGCCUCACAUAAAAAAUGGAUUAGUAUA